GUUAUCUUCUAUCAUAAUUAGCAGAUUUAUGUAAGGGCAAGGCAGAAGUGAAGGCCUCGCGGAGUUAUACGUCUGCCGAUUUCACCUGCUCUUCGCUCUUGCUAUGUUUUCCACCUAUCUGCUAUAUGCAGUAUUAUUCAUAGUAGGCUCACUGGCCAUAGGACUGUACAUUUUCCAAUGUAAUCUCAUUUAUCCUGCCUCCUUCCCAACUGGAUCGCGGUCGGUGGUAAUGAAGCCUUCCCAAUUUGGUUUACCCUACAAAGAAGUCACCAUUACAACAAAAGACAACAUACUGCUACAAUGCUACUUAUUGCAACAAAAAGACGAAGAUGUCGCAAAGAAUAGUCCAACCGUCAUAUACUUUCACGCCAAUGCUGGCAACAUGGGCCAUCGUCUUCCUAUUGCAAAGAUAUUUUUUGAAAAUUUCGGUUGCAAUGUAUUCAUGUUAUCUUAUAGAGGAUAUGGUUUAAGCGGAGGAAGCCCAAAUGAGAAAGGUCUAAAAGUGGAUGCAGAGGCAGCUUUGGAGUAUAUUAAAGAGCAUCCAGUGCUUGGGAAUACACCAUUAAUUGCAUAUGGCCAAUCUAUUGGAGGCGCGGUUGCUAUCUACACAGUGUCUAGGAAUGAGGACAAGUUUUCUGCCUUGAUAUUGGAAAAUACCUUUUUGAACAUGCCGGAAUUGAUUCCGAACGUUAUUCCUGCCUUGAGACACUUCAUCUUUUUAUGCCAUCAAAUUUGGCCAUCUCACCGUGACAUUUUAGCUGUCCGAAAGACGCCAACCUUGUUUCUCUCGGGUAAGCUGGAUGAACUCGUUCCACCUUCGCAUAUGAAAAAGCUUUACGAGCUAUGUGAUACACGCGGUCCCAAGUUUUGGAAGGAAUUUGAGGAGGGUACACACAAUGAUACCUGCCUGAAACCUGGUUACUUCGAGACCAUUGGCGAAUUCAUUAGAGAUGAAGUCUGGAAGCUGGUGGAUGGAUCUAUUGAUGAUGAGAAAAAGGAUAAUGCCGCUGACAAAGCACCAAAUGCCUAAGUUGAGAACGGUGGGGUAAAUAGAGAGAAAGGCGGUAUGUGAUAAUGCAUUAAUCUAAUAAACGGCCCGGAUCAUCGGAAUGGUCAUGCCGGUCACCUUAUCAAAGCCAAUCAAA